CUCUUAUUUAUUCUGAUGAUAGAAUCCCAUGUGAUACCGACCAAACUUUCAGAAAUACACACUUCCCCGAAAAAAUCUCUCUUAGAUAAGUAAACAAUCUUUUCAAGUCGCUUGGACUAUCGGAAGCAAGAAAAAGGGAAUGGAAGAAGAUGGGAUUCAGGAGUGCAGCGUGAGGUUAUUAGGUAGCAGCGCCAGCGGCGGGAGUGGCGGCGCCGCUUCCGGUGGCGGCGGCGGGUCUUGGCGGUGGGUGGAUGGGAGUGAAUUGGACUCUGAGUCCUCCCAUUGGGCAGCUGUCGAUGAAGAAAAUAAUGGAGAAGAGUAUGGUGGCGCUGUUAGGAGAAGGCUAAUAAAGAAGCCCAAAAGAGUUGACUCAUUUGAUGUUGAGGCACUGGAGAUUGCUGGUGCUCAUGGUCACCAUAUGAAGGAUGAUUCUGUUUGGGCAACAAUAGCAUUGGCAUUUCAAACGCUGGGUGUAGUGUAUGGAGACAUGGGCACAAGUCCUCUGUACGUAUUUUCCGAGGUAUUUAGUAAGGUGCCCAUUACUUCAGACGUUGAUGUCUUGGGAACCUUGUCGCUAGUAAUGUACACGAUUGCCCUAAUUCCUCUAACAAAGUAUGUCUUUGUAGUGCUGAAGGCGAACGAUAAUGGAGAAGGUGGAACGUUUGCAUUGUACUCGUUGAUCUGUAGGUAUGCCAAUGUUAAUCUUCUUCCUAACCGUCAGCCUGCAGACGAACAUAUUUCAAGCUUCAAGCUCAAGCUACCAACUCCUGAACUAGAGAGGGCUUUGAAUAUAAAAGAAGUCUUGGAGCACAGGUCAUAUUUGAAGCAAGCUCUUUUAUUGCUUGUCCUUAUGGGGACGUCUAUGAUUAUUGGGGACGGUAUUCUGACUCCAGCCAUGUCAGAUGCUCUUGUUAUUACUUCGAUUGUUAUCCUUGUGGUACUGUUUAGCAUACAGAGCUUUGGAACAAGUAAAAUAGGCUUCAUGUUUGCUCCUGCGCUGGCAUUGUGGUUCUUUAGUUUGGGAUCAAUUGGGAUUUACAAUCUGUUCAAGCAUGACAUUACUGUUGUGAGGGCGAUAAAUCCUUUCUACAUAUACCUUUUCUUCAAGAAGAAUAGCACCAAGGCUUGGUCGGCACUUGGUGGUUGUGUUUUAUGUAUCACAGGUGCAGAGGCCAUGUUUGCUGAUUUAGGUCAUUUCUCUGUACCAUCCAUUCAGAUUGCUUUUACGACUGUAGUCUUUCCUUGUCUCCUCUUUGCUUAUAUGGGCCAAGCUGCCUAUCUUAUCAAACAUCCACAUUCAGCUGAAAGAAUAUUUUACGAUUCUGUUCCAGAGGGUCUUUUCUGGCCGGUUUUUGUGACGGCCACUGUUGCUGCCAUAAUUGCUAGUCAGGCCAUGAUAUCCGCUUCGUUCUCGUGCGUGAAGCAAGCCAUGGCUCUUGGGUGCUUCCCUAGGCUGAAGAUCAUUCACACUUCUCGAAAACUGAUGGGUCAAAUUUACAUUCCCGUCAUAAACUACUUCUUGAUGGUCAUGUGCAUUAUUGUGGUUGCUGUUUUCAGAAGCACAACACAUAUCGCAAACGCAUACGUGACCCUCGUGAUGCUCCUCAUCUGGCAGACGAGCCUCCUCUCCGCCCUCUCCUUCCUUCUCCUCUUCGGCUCCGCCGAGCUCGUCUACCUCUCGGCCGUCCUCACAAAGAUCGCCGAAGGCGGGUGGGUCCCACUCGCCUUCGCCUCCUUCUUCCUCUCCGUCAUGUACGCUUGGAAUUACGGAAGCGUCCUCAAAUACCACAGCGAAGUCCGCGCAAAGAUACCUACAAACCUCAUGCUCGAGCUCGGCUCCUCCCUCGGCACCAUGCGCGUCCCGGGCAUCGGCCUCGUCUACAACGAGCUCGUCCAAGGCAUCCCUUCCGUGUUCGGCCGAUUCUUGCUCGACCUCCCGGCCAUCCACUCGACUAUCGUCUUCGUGUGCAUAAAGUACGUCCCGGUGCCCGUUGUCCCGCAAGAGGAGCGGUUUUUGUUCAGGCGGGUUUGCCCGAGAGACUACCACAUGUUCCGGUGCAUCGCGAGGUACGGUUACAAGGACGUGCGCAAGGAGGACCACCGAGCGUUCGAGCGGCUUCUGGUGGAGAGCCUCGAGGGGUUUUUGAGGCAGGAGGCUCGGGAGCUUGCGUUGGAGUUGGAGGGAGAUUUGCAUCGCGAUUCGGGAGUGGAGUACGAGCUGGCGGAGUUGAGGGAGGCGAGCGAGUCGGGGUUUACGUACCUGUUGGGGGAUGGGGACGUGCGGGCGGCCAAGGACUCGUUUUUUUUUAAGAAGUUGGUGGUGAACUAUUUUUAUGCGUUUCUGAGGAGGAACUGCAGGGGAGGUGCGGCGACGAUGAGGGUGCCCCGUAUGAAUAUUAUGCAG